UCUCACUGGCUGUCAAACACAGGCCAGGCGUGCAGCAGGCGACCUCGAAGCGAAGCGAAGCUGCAGAAAACUCAAACAGCAAUGCCCACCCUACCUUCAUCCCGAGAAUGGGCGAGAACCAUGCAAUCGCGGAGUCGGCGAUUUCGAGAGAAUGCGGAUGGUAAGGCUUGGGCAUAGCGCAAGAUUGGGAGGAGUGGAUCAGGUCUUGAACGCUGAUCACGAAGAGAUUUUGGACGAAGUGGAAGAUCCGAGCCAAUCCCGAGCAAACAUCAAGGAGACGGAGACUCGGAGAAGCAAGCGCACACGAAGGAGUCUAGGAGUGGGGAAAUUCAACGACACUGAGUUGAAGGCCGGAAAUCCCAUCAAGCUUGGUGAAUUGUCGCAGCGAACGGGCGCUCGAAGGGAUUGUAGCAACACAUCCGAUCAGCAGCGCAUAUGAAGUGCUCUUCAAAGCAGACAGUGUAGUGUCUCGCCGAGCACGCGCGCGCGACAACAAUACCAAGGUAGCAAACCCUAUCCAUCCCCAGCACCAUCAAUCUGGUAGCAAAAAUACUGACAACGUGCUGCCGCCUCCCGCCAACCGCCGAGCGCCUCUUGCAAACAGAACUCGUCGAGAAUCCUCUGCAUCUGCUGGAAAGCUGUGUAGCAUUGUGCUUGAAGGUCUUGCUCGCGUCGGCGUGAACAGUCGAGGUAGCCUGCGUUUUCGAGACUGCAGUAGCGACGUUGGGGGAAGUACUCAAUGAACCUGUCCACGCC